CGGCUACGGGAUGGAUUAUGGUCCCUCGUGCUCCCUGGGGGCGUACGGCCUCCCAGGGGCCUCGGCCGGCAACAGCGGAGUGAUCCGAGUGCCCGCGCACCGGCCGAUUCCCUCCGUGUCGGUCCAUCCUCCGCCGGCGGGAGCCAGCCUCGCGUUCCCUUGGACGGAGCACAACAGGCGGCUGACUAAGGACCGGAUGGCAGCCGCGUUGCAGCCCUUCUCCGUGGCCAGGCGGGUCGGCCAUCCGUACCAGAAUCGCACUCCGCCCAAGCGCAAGAAGCCGCGCACGUCCUUCUCACGGGCGCAGAUCUGCGAACUGGAGAAACGGUUCCAUCGACAAAAAUAUCUGGCGUCCGCAGAGCGAGCUGCCCUGGCCAGAGCGCUCAAGAUGACCGACGGCCAGGUCAAGACGUGGUUCCAGAAUCGUCGUACGAAGUGGAGGCGACAGACGGCGGAGGAGCGCGAGGCGGAGCGCCAGCAGGCCAGUCGGUUGAUGUUGCACCUCCAGCCGGACGCCUUCCCGAAGAGUCUGGGGCAGCCGCUGCAGCAGGACCCUCUCUGCUUGCACAACGCCUCGCUCUUUGCCCUGCAGAACCUGCAGCCCUGGGCAGAGAACCACGAGGUCACUUCAGUCUCAGGGGCCGCUGCCCUCGUGUGAGCAGAGCCGUGUGCAGAGGACUUGGGGGCACCUUGCUGGCCCAGUUUCCGCUCAUGUUGCUGGCUGCCGUAGGCAACUUGCACUCCCUCUGCUAUCAGGUCACAGGGAGUAGCUUGCUGGGGAAGGAGUGGAUUCAUCAGGGCGUCUCCCAAGCCCCCUACGCCCAGCAGAGAGUGCCCCAGAUGCCAGGCGGCAAGGACACCUUGCAGAGCGGCUGGGUUAGAGCCAGGCUUGUGUGCUCCGCAGUCCACACCCACAGGAGAUGUGGGGCUUACAGGGGGAUUCAAGGCUGCCUCUCCCUCCACACGGAUAGUCCAGGAAGCAGGAGCCCAACACAAGGCAGACGGGGAGGGCUGGCAGUUUUGGCCCCAUUCCUCUGGCCAGCGUGUCUUUCCAUGACCUUCCAUUUGAAUGCCUCGUGCGGUGAGCCGGGAAUGGGACAUCUGCCUCUCCCCUUCAAAGUCCAAAGGACGCUGCCUGUCCCCUUGGUCCUCUGCCUGACAGAAAUUAAUGAGCCCGCCUUCUUUGGAUCGGCAGCAGCCUGCAAAGAGACUGCACGGGAGCCGGCCCGAAGUACAGCAGUCACCGUUCUCACCCCCAUGGCCGGCCCUGCGGAGUGAAUGGAAAUUACACCCCAGCUGCUCCUCCAGACCGCUGCUGCCCCUCUUGCUUGCUCCUGCUUUCCUGCCGCUCUCUGGAUUUCCCCCAGGACCAGGCCUGAAGCUGGCUGGGGAGGAAUACUGUAUGGUGGCAGGUGGCAUCGUCAUGGAGGAGGAACGGAGUGACCUCCGGAGUUGCCACGGUUGGGUUUCUGCCUUAGAGGUCAGACAGCACAGUGUGGCAUCCAUGAGGGCGUCUUCCUUGAUGUGAGCCCUGAGGCUCUUCGUGACGUCAAGGUCUGCAAAAGCACCAGCCAAGGUGCCUGCCCCAACUAGCACCCUUGCCCGCGAGGCUGCUGGUCUUCAGAGUGCUUUGCUCUCUCCUCCCAGUGUCACGCUGGGAAUCAGCAGAUGCUUUUGCUGUGCUGGCUGGGCAGAGGCUUGGCAGGGAGGGCAUGGUGGCCACUGGUACUCCCCCUGGUUAGCUUUGCCUCUCCCGGGCCCGGGCAUCGGCAGCUCUCUUCCCCUCUGCCAGAGCACCUUGACCUAGUGUAGGUUGGUGACCUGAAGGCCGAACUUGUGGGCCCAGGAGAAGGGGCCACUGAUGGAGCUCCAUGGCUGCUUGGACACCCCUGUGAAGCGUGGGCGGGACUUCGAGUGCUGGAGCUUGUCCCAGAGGUUGAGGCACAGCAGCUGGCUCUGGCCACUCAGCAGCUGGAGGCACCACACAGACCAGCCUGAGUUGUCUGUGGCUCUGCAUGCCACUCGCGCCCAGUACGAGAGCCUGGAGGCAAUAAGCAAGGUUAUGCCGGAAAAGUGCAUUGCUCCCAAUUUGCCUGUUAGCAAAGGCCAUCGGCUGCAAUCAGGAGGCUGCGCACGGCAGUGGGUGGGAGGCUGUCCGGGAUGGGCGGCGGCUGCAGCCUCACUUGGCAGCGAUUGUGGCUCUGGGUGCGGCCUCCCGCCGGCUCGACAAGCAGCUGGAGAUGGCAGAGCAGGGCGAUGGCCUGCUGCCAGAUGAGGGCAGAGGAGCUCCCGUCGUCUUUCUCCCUGCCUGCAGCUCCAGCUGAUCACUCUUCGCAGCAGGCUGAGCACCAGGACAGAGUGCCACCUCCUUCAUCUGUGCCCCCUUCGUUCCUCCCCCACUUCCUCUGAUUGCCUGUGGGUACAAGGGCAAGCGUGCUGGGCUCAGGGAACCGAUCCCCUCCCGUGCAGGCCCGCAGCAUAGUAUGGGGAUAGGUCUGUGCCUCUUGAGCACUCCUGGGGCAGGUCUUUCAGGCGUUUUAGGUGCUGUGACACUUUUUGCCAGCAAAAGCUGUUGUGGAUUCGGCCUGAAGAAGGAGCACAACGCUGAGGAGAAGAGCCAUGUUUAUUGCAAUGACUGUUGGGUGCCUGCUUGCAAGAAAGAGGGACCCUGGGCAGUAGAAGAUUUUUACUGAAGUUGAGGGCUGCAAGUGGGCAAUCCUAGAUUGGCUGGCCAGUCUGAGGAAGCUGGGCAGGUCCUGGCCAGGGUGAGUUCUGGGGCGAGUUCUGUUGUUGGGCAAAACGGGCCUUUCAGGAGGGCAGCAGAGUUGGGGAAGCCCCUCGUGAAGGAGGUGGAAUGUGGAGAUAAUGGGGGCUGGGUGUCCCAGAUGGAGGAUGGAGCCUUGGGGUCCCCUAGGCUGCAAUUCCCUUUUUAGGUCAGUUUGGGUCUGAAGGGAGAUGGACUGGGUUUGAGCCUAUGGGGGGCGGGGGCAAAGGGUGCAAUCGCCAUUUUGUCUGUUAGGCCUGUUUUCUCCGCUGGAAAGGCCAGAGCGGAAAACCUGGGGCACGAUCCCAGGAAGGAGUUGGUCUUGGCAUCUCUUCCUCGACCUCUCUUCAGGGCCGGGUCACCCUUUUGCACCAGCAGCUGAGGAAGGGCCUAGGGUUAUCCCCUGCUGCUCGUGGCUCUGGCCUGCCUUGCAGUGUCUGGGUUGGACUUCUGGGCCUGGUGGGAAGACCAGUUUUCUUUCCCGAGGCAAUUCUUUUUCACGGCCUGGAUCCCCGACCUCCUCGCAGAGCUGCCUUCCCCCAUCUCCAUGACCUGAGGGUCCGGCACCUUUUCGCAGGCUCUGGAAGUGGGUCGUAUUUGUGGAGGCAAGGUGGGUUGGGGCAGAGGGAAGGGGCAGGAGAGCAGGUCACACCUGUACAGAUGCAACCACCAUGAACACAGCGUUGCUGAGGCCCAAGGAUGGUCGGCUGAGGCUAGAAGGAGCUAGAAAUCUCAAGUGAGGAAAUGAUGGACAGAUGGGUCCACUUGUGGCACUAAACCAAAACGGAGUUUCCUCAUUUAUAAUUCAGUGGGUUUUGGGAAUCCUGAUGAAUUCUGGGCAAUGAACUCUAGAAAGCACAGACUGUAGUAAUUGCUGAAUUAAAAUGAGCAAUUACUACAAGGCUAAGCUGCUACUGAGUGGCAAAAAAUGAACAGAGGAUGGAGCCAACCUCUUGAUCUACUGGCUCAUCUGCCCGACUCCUCCUGUUUUGGCUGGAGAAUGGCCACUUGAGGGGCUGGGGUGGGCUUCCCCAUCAGUUUUUGGAUAUUCCAUUGCUGAAGGCAGGCUGAGCUUUUGUAUCCAAGUGGCCUAUUUGUCCUAAGAAGAGGGCUGGGGAAGGAGGUAUGCUCCAUGGGGAGGUGAGCCCCUGAAGUUGUGGAUUCGGAGAAGGGACUGGAAGCGAAGCCACUGAAAAGAGAGUGACAGAACUGGGAAUCGCUAGCCUUGGGAAAGGGCGUCUGAGGGGAGAGCCGAGAGCCCCCUGCUUGAACUGAUGAGACCCAGAAGAAGCCCCCCCCCUCUUUCUGACUUGUUCCAGAAGGCAGGACGCGGAAUAAUGGAUUUCGGUUACAGGAAGGCAGGUUCUGGUUGAGUGUUAUCUAGCAAACAGGAAGGGCUGUUGGACAGUGAAGCUGAUGACCCGGGGUGGGGGGGCUCCCCUUGAUAUGAGGCGUCCAAGUAGAGGCUGGAUAGCCAUCUUUCAGUUUGAAUUCUUGCGCUGAGGGACAGUUAGACUCUGCAUUGUACAGCUAAUGAAUUUCUGUCACCUGUGGCCCAACUGCCAAUGUUUUGGAGAGAACAGUAUUACAGGAGUUGGCCAGGGGACCUUCUCCCGCAAGUCCAGGACAUUCAGCACUCAGGUCCAUGAAUGGCUUCUGGAGGUAUCCACUGUGAUUGGCUUGCUGUGGUGUCAAGUGAGUGCCCGCGGCUGUGGGGUGAUCUGGCACAUCUGUGCAUCCGUUUGAUCCUCUGCUCCUACUGUAGGAGACCCCUUCACUAGACAGGGUGAUUCCUUCUAGCUUUGACUGCAAAAUGGGGGCCCCCGUAGUGGAGCCCCAGUAGCAGCUGUUCUUCUCUUGCUGUUUGUCUGCAAUCUAUGCUGUGGGGCGGGGCAGGCAGUGUCUGCCACAAAGUCUAAUCCAGUGCGGAAAGGUUCAUACAAAAUCCUUCUCCAGGAAAAGGGCCUUUCUGAAAGGAUGUUUGCUCUCCAGGAGCCUCUUUUACUCCCUUGGGGGGGGGGGGGCUUUUGGAAGAAAGUGCAGAUUCCUGGAGGACGACCACACAAAUGAGCCCCAGCUGAUCCUGUGCUUCAUCUCAACCUUCCUUCCUCGAACAAGGACACACAGAUUUUUAUAUGGCAUUGCAUGUGCUUUGCAGCUCACCAAUUCAAGGAUGUCUGAGUGUUCCCCAGCUGGUUUGUGAAUGAAAACUAUUCUCGUGGCAGGAAGCAGAGCAUGUGCACCCCUAACACAAGGUCCUCAGACCUCAUCCAUUGUCCACAUUGCACCCCCUUCCAAACCACAUGCACAUGUAUGUAUACAGACCUAAAUAAGGACAUAUCUUGAUGUGUCUGUUGGUGAAACGGCUUGAAGUCCACAAACAUUUGCUUAUAAUAAAUGUAUUCAUUUUAAG